UAGUAGUCCAAGCGUUCUUAGCGCCACACCUCCCGAAGCAUUGGAGUAGGGCUAUUACUAUGCCCCCUACCCUCCCCCUCGUUGUAACACAGACCUUACGUGUUUUUCAUCUCGGCCAGUUUAAUUCCACCUCCGCAAACCACAACACGUCCCCGCACCAGAGAGCUUGUUUGGAUAUAGGACUAUUCAAUUUGCCCCUCUGAAUUUAUUAAAAGUCAUAUUGCGGUUUCGAUUCGCGUAUUUGAAACCUGUUUACGCAGAGAGAUAAUGGGGUGCUGUUCAGGACGAUGUAUGCUGAUCUUCUUCUGCACUCUCCAAUUGAUGACAGCAUUGGAGAGGCAGGCUUUUGACUUCCUUGGGUACCAGUGGGCUCCCAUCAUGGUCAACUUCCUGCACAUAAUUAUGGUUAUCCUCGGCCUCUUUGGCACCAUUCAGUACAGACCACGCUAUGUUGUUCUAUACCUGCUGUGGACAUUACUAUGGGUGGCAUGGAAUGUCUUUGUGAGCUGUCUCUACUUGGACCUGGGAGGCCUUUCCAAGGAGAGCGACCUGCUUUCUCUGGGUGUAUCCUCACACCGUUCAUGGUGGAAAGACAACAGUCCAGGCUGUGAUGACAGGGACCUUCCUGCCACUAGAUGGCAGAGUCUGGAGAGCCCAGAACUAAUCUCUGCUCUGGGAUGCUGGCUGGAAUAUCAAUACAUAGAGGUCCUACACUGCAUCGUACAAAUCCUAAUCUCUUUCUUGGGAUUUGCCUACGCCUGCUAUGUGGUCAGCACCUUCACAGAGGAGGACAGCUACUAUAAGUAAAGGUUGCAAGUGGGUUGAAAAUGACUGACAGGCAAGGAGGGCAGAAGAGGUACAAGAGAGUGGAAUAUAUCCAGUCAGUGAAACAGAAGACAUUCCCACAAUGCUCACAAAAUAUAAUUCCUCUGCCUACCAGCACUCGUAAUGCAUACUAGAGUAAACCAGCAUGAGUUCUCUGUUUAAUGCAAUGAUGGUCAAUACUAGCUUAAUCCCAGAUCUGCAAAGGUGGAAAGAGUACCGAAAUAUUUAUAUACUUACUUGAGUAAGUAGAAGCACUGUUAGUUUAAUGACAUUUUAUUCAAGUAGAUGUCAAAUUACUGGUGUAAAAAAACGACUCAAGUAAAAGUAAAAAAGUAGCUAAUUUAAAAUAAAAUAAAAGUAAGUAAAAAUAAAGAAGUGACUUUUCAAAUAAAAACAUUGACUUGAUACUUAGCUAAUUUAGCUAAGGUUACCUGAAAGUUGUUACACAUGAUCUUUUCCAUGAAUUACAUUUAAAAAGAAAGAGAGGAAAUGAAUGUUCAGUGCAAGGAACUAGGAACUAAAUUCAGUGCAACAAGGCACAUCUGCAUAUAAAAAAACUAAGGAUUUGUCAAAAUAAUACUAUUAAUAUUAGAAAAUAAAGUAAACAUUCAAAGUGUAUUUAUGAUUUUAAAAAGCAAUACAAAAUAAAGUGCCUAAACAAUAAAGUUGACAGACUUCAAUAUACUUCAGACUCCAGAAAUAAACAUGUCUAAUCCUACAUCCAUUCAUCACCCCUUCGUUACUUGUUACUUGUCCAUGGGAUCGGGUGACAUUCACACACACUCACUCCCCCUCUUUCCACUCACUCACCUCACUCACCUACUCACUCACUUCACUCACCUACUCGCUCACUCACUCACUCACCUACUCAAGUAGAAGUACUGUUUCUUAUAUAAAAUUUUACUCAAGUAGAAGUAAAAUUACUGACUGAAAAAAUACCAAAAAAAGUACAAGUACUUGGAAAAGCUACUCAAUUAUAGUAAUGAGAGUAGUUGUAAUUAGUUACUUUACACCUCUGCAGAUCUGUUUGUGUUUUUGCCUGCUCCAUUGUCAUUGUCAAGUUGUUUGGCAUUACUAUUCCUAGUUGGCAAGAAAGCAGAAACAGACUGGCACCCAGGCUAGGUCAAAACAGGUACACUCAAAACACUACUGAUACUUCUGACAUAACAUGUAUCAGUGUACAGGAAAUAGUAUUUGUUGUAUUAUGACAUAAUGGCACUCUGUAAAAAUAAGCAUUUAUGCAAACAGUUGAAUAUGGACUGAAUCAUAUAAUAUAUAUGUGUGUCCUACAUUGAUGUUAAUGAGAGAUUUGUACGAAAAUUACAGUCACCUGCAAAUUAUCAAAGUUAUGUCUACAGAUUUCAAUUUAGGAUUUGGACCUACACUACCAUUCAAAAGUUUGGGGUCACUUAGAAAUUUCCUUGUUUUUGAAAGAAAAGCCAUUUUUGCAUCCAUUAAAAUAACAUCAAAUUGAUCAGAAGUACAGUGUAGACAUUGUUAAUGUUGUAAAUGACUAUUGUAGCUGGAAACGGCUGUUUUUUUUAAUGGAAUAUCUACAUAGGCGUACAGAGGCCCAUUAUCAGCAACCAUCACUCCUGUGUUCCAAUGGCACGUUGUGUUAGCUAAUUAAAGUUUAUAGAUUUAAAAGGCUAAUUGAUCAUUAGAAAACCCUUUUGCAAUUAGAUAUUCCAUAAAAAAUCUGCCAUUUCCAGCUACAAUAGCCAUUUACAGCAUUAACAAUUUCCACACUGUAUUUCUGAUAAAUGUGAUGUUAUUUUAAUGGACAAAAACAAUGACAUUUCUAAGUGACCCCAAACUUUUGAACGGUAGUGUAUGUGAAGGCGUCUGUCUGUGUGUCCGUCUGUGUGUGUCUCUCUCUCUCUGUGUGUGUGUGUGUGUGUGUGUGUGUGUGUGUGUGUGUGUGUGUGUGUGUGUGUGUGUGUGUGUGUGUGUGUGUGUGUGUGUGUGUGUGUGUGUGUGUGUACAGUACAGUACAGUACAGUACAGUACAGUAGUUCAUACAUGAGAAUGUACUGAUUCCAGACACCAGAGGAAAAUAAAGACAUUUAGUAAAUAAUCUUCAAUAUUGUGAUAGAAAUAAGUUAACGUCAGUGGUUCAUGUAAAAAUCAAAAAUCUUAAAGAUAUAGUCAGGAAGCAUCUCCUAGGCCUACCUCUGAAUUUCUUGUGAAUGUAGAUGUCACUGCUGGAAAAAAGCUCUGAAUGUAUCUUUAAGUGGAUUUUGUUGAAAUAAACAGCACUUGUCUUUUA